ACCUGAGCAAAGCCACUCCUUGUCCAGAGUGGCUCAGAGAUGGUUGACUAGCUGAAGCAAGAGCAGCAAAAAUAGACUUUUUUCUCCUGCGUAUAUGCACUCUUGAAGAAAAUGUGGCCUAGGAGCAUAGUGGUCCUUCUUCUGUUCUGCUAUGCAAGACCCUCAACUGGAAAUGGCCGUGUGUAUUUCAAGUCCAAAAACUUUUACAACGUUCUUCACUGGGAUCCUGUGGAGCCAGCUUUUCCAGGCCAAAAAGUUCUCUAUAGCGUGCAGUACUGGAGGGGAGAUGAUCAGAACUACUUGAUAAAAAAGGAGUGUCAAAACAUCAGCAGCCUGUCAUGUGACCUAACUGCAGAAACCCCAUCAGUGUAUGACGUUUACUACAGAGCUAAAGUAACGGUUAAUGGGAGCUGUCAUGACAUCACCACCUUCUUUAAACCCUUGAGAGACACUGUCCUUGGUCCACCACUUUUGUCUAUUCGCACAACAGCGUCCACCCUGCAUGUCAACAUCACUGUGCCAAAGGGGCCAAAUGGAAAAUCAAUUCCAAAUAUCAUCAACUCCACCAAAAACGCUGUGCUGGAGUACACCUUAAAAAUAACCCGUCCACAGUGGGCUGCACAGGUCGUCAAAAGCAAAAACAACUACUUUGACAUCAACUUAAAGUACAACGAGUCAGUCUACUGCGGCUAUGUGGUUUACAAAGCUACUCGAGAAUGGGGUCGCUCAGACAGUGAGAAUGCAUCCUUCUGUGAAACUCUGCCAGAUGAUCCUCAUGUACCUUUUCUGUGGCCUCUCCUGGGUGCUGCUGUUCUGGCAAGCAUAGUCAUAAUAUCAGCUGUGUGUGUGCGCAACUAUGUGAAGGGUGGAGACUCAGUCAUGAUAAAGACACCGGUAAUAUCCCCCAACGAAAGCAAAGUUAUGGAAAAUCCAGAUAAGAAUCUCAGGCUUUCUGAAGUUUUUAUGAAGGACACAAACCAAAUAGUUCACAAAAAAGACAAUACAUCUCUAAACAGUGCUGAGAACUCUCCGUAUAGCGCGCAAAACCCUGUCACAAGUGCCCAGUCUUCUGGGAGCUACGCUGCGGUUGGAGUCCAGCACCAGGAUUUGCUGCUUUCUGUGAAAGUAGAAAGCAGCGAAGAAGAACCCCAGAUGGAAGUAGGAAUUGUUCAACCAUUUCCUUCAUAUGCUGCACCACAACUACCCAACUUUAAACCAAGUUGGAGUGAUCCCGAGCAGCAGCCACUGGUGCUACAAACUGUAAGAGGCAUCGAUGGACAACUACAACUUGCAUUUCAACUAGGUAACGCAGACAGGAAGCUGCUCUUAUCAGACGUAACCUGCCAGGAUGGACCGUUUAACCUUUUUGAAAGAAUAGACAGUUUAGAUGGGAGAGAUUCUGGCUGUUAUGAUAGCAUGGUUAACACACCAACCAGCUUAUACUGCAACACCAGUUACUCUUCCGAAACAACGGUUCCUGAUUUUCAGCAAGAAUGUCAGACCACGUUUCCUGGUGAUGCCAUAUUUCAAUCAGGAUACAAACAAAACUGGAUGCCUGAAAGGCCACAUGAACCCAUCAACAUUCACAGACACUUGAACCUUCAUUAGUCAAGAAAAAACACAAAGAGGACAUUAGGAGACAUGAAGGUCAGGUGUGAAAAGGAAAUGACAAACUUUCCUACAACCAUAAGAACAUUUGUCCAGAUUUUACUCUAUAAAUCCUCCCCAGCAAUAUCCGUCAAGGACUGUUUCCUCCCCCCUAGCUUUUUUAAGCAAAGAGUGGUGGAAGAAGUUGACCAGAAAAAUGGGAACUAGAAGGAAAAUGUAGAACUUUGAGAAAACCAGCAGAUUUGCAUGAAAGUGCAGAUGGUUAUGUAAAAGCAGUUCUGUAUGUAAAUUUUCACUCCAUGUGACAAAGGAUGGUUUGUAGUGUUUCUCAUUAUUUUAUAUAUUACUAUUUAUAACUUGUAUGCCACAAAUAAUGCCAAAACAUAUGCAUGUACUAUGAAUAUAUGUGCCAUUGCCACAACUACAUAGAGAUUUGUAGAUCUGGUACAUUGUGACUAAUUUCCCAACUCAGAUUUCUUUAAAGUUUGUCCUAUUUCCAUUUGAACAAAUUCUGAUUUCUCUUGAAACUAUGAUUAACUCAACACCCAAAAGUCAAAAUAUUUCUUAUGAAUUUUUAUUAAUUGAAAGGUAAGACUUUUCUCAAUUUGUGUCACAUAUCUACAAAUGCAGUAAAGUUCUCCAAGUUACGGAAUAUAUAUCUGGUAUGUCAUUUACUCAUCUCACUAAUGUUUUUACACAACUCAAAAUGUAGUUGUGCACCGUUUCACAAGAAAUUUGUAACUAGAUGAAUAAUUCACUUAUUCUAACCAUGUAUAAAGUAUCAAGUAACCUUUUUGUCCUCAUGGAUCAUUAUUUAUAUAAUGAGGAGAGGAGAUAUCACCGUGUGUGUAUGAGAGAGCAGUCAGUCUGACGGUAAACACAAUUUCACUAUUUUGAAACUGAGAAGACAUAAUUACAGAGGUAGCAUUUUUAGCUAGCGUGGUAAAAACCAGUCCCUUGCUCUUUGCUUCAUACAGAUGGCCGGAACCCUCAGAUAUUGAAAGACGACUUCUUGUUGGAGCCAUGUGUUCUGCUGAAGUUUUAAACAAUUAGAUCUCAUUUUACACAGAUAACAUUUGACCACGAUGUAUGUAAUGUGCCAGCUCAAUCAUGAAGAAAGCUAUGCUAUGAAGCUUACCUGAAAUUGUACACACUGUAAGCAACCAUCUCCCUCUGCAAAGAGAAAAUCGCUAAAUAUCUUAGAGUUCCUUUUUCUGACUUUAACUGCUCAAUAUUUAGAAGUGUGAUCAACAUGGACUUCCUCCGCUGCCAUUGCCAAACUCCAACCGUAGACAGACUACAAUUCUAAAACAACCCAGAAGUUUAAUAUCAUUGUUCGAAACUACUUUCGUUUGCGGAUUGGCUAGGAUGAAAUGCGUCCUGAGGAAUUGAGCUCAGUUGGAGAAAUCCCAGACAGAGCACUGAAGGAAGAUGAGAAUCCAGGGAAAUUAUAUUGGAAGGCAAAUUUUAAGCUGUCUUUACCUCAGUUAACAUUACAAACAUUAAACAGUCUCCCUACACAUGCAGUAUUCCUCCUCCUUACUAAGAACUACUCAAAAUAAAGACAUUGAUUUUUAAUUACCUAUGUUUCGUUACAGAUGGAGUUGGACAAAAUUGUCACCAAUUUCCUAGGGCAUCUUUACUAUAUACCAUUCUAGGAAUUUAUGUAAUAGUUUUAAAAUACAUGUCACUGUUAUUUUACCACAAUGCGACCAUCAGUCUGAAAGUUUUCUGAAAACAAACCUCGCUGUACUAUUGUUCACCUAGCCACAAUGUAUCAUUUGUCAGAGACAUAGGAAAAUCUGUGUUUUCAGUCUUUUGAAAUAGAUGGAAGAUGAAACUAUAAACUAGAACAUUUUCCUCCCAUCAUAUUUCAGUAUUAUCUAUGAUGCAUAGAAACUCAUACCUUACUUUGUGUCUUGAAAUAAGAAAAUGUUUUUCAAACUUGUUUUAAAUUUGUACAGAUUGUUUGCCGUUCUUUUAGUGAAGGAAAAAAUAGCCUGUGCCACAAUAAAGUAAUAUUAGUAGGUGGUGUCAUGGCACAGUAUAAGCCACACUGAUAAGAGCUUGGCUUUUAAAAGCUUGAGUGCAAUCUUUUAUGUACAGCUGUAAAGUAAUAAUGUGAGGUGUGUUCAGAGUGAUACGAGUAACUAUGUACAAAAUGAUAAUGUAUAUCUAUCGCUGUACAAAAUGUCACGUUGAUUUCUCUUGAAUGUCUGUGUUGUAAAGUUAAAAUUAUGAGUGUAUAUGUAUAUAUAUAUAUAUAUGUGUGUGUAUGUAAACUUCCUUUACAUAAAUGAGAUUGUCAACUGCGGAGAACAAUAAAAUGUGAAUACUG